AUGUAUUCUACGCCUCCUGAGUUUGACGUCCUCGUAGCCACGUGCGUUGCUCGCGCCAGAAUCGCGGAUCAGCUUCAGUCUCAUCUAGAUGAGGUGCUUGAUAGGCUGAAGCGGAGAUGGAGCGAGGUUCCCGCUUCCAAUGAUGAACGACAAGAAAGGAUCGUUCAAGACUGGAUUGACUCAGUCCUGCAACCGCGACUGCUCCGUGUGGUAACGGAACUAGAUUUGGAAUACCCCGCAGACCGCGACAGACCCAGCAACAUCAACGCCGAUGGCCGUAAGUCUGAUUCUCAUCUCCUCUACCGCUCCCCGCAGCUCGAACGAGCGCCAGGGAAUUUCGUCUUUGGGCUCGAUGUGCCCGCCGUCAAACAAGAGGACAAUGGGUCUAGGACCGAUGCCGCAACAUUGACCGACAAGUUCACUGGCACCUCCAUACCCAAUCCCCCAUUCCCUACUACACCAUCCUCUAAAACCCGUUUACAUUUUAAUUCUACAUCUACAACAACUUCCGCUCUAUCAUUGUUGGAACCACCGCUCCUGAGCCCCGUAUCCGAAGACUCGGAGUCUCUUUCUACCCCAGCCUUUGGGUACGAGUUAAAUCAGUCUAUCGACUCGAGGGUGGUGAAACAAACGCACAACGAACAGCCGGAGCCAGAUGCCCCUCCUGCCAGUGAGAAAGGUGUCCUCGGCGAGGGUGAAGAUAUCCCACCGGCAUCAGACGAUGGAUCCGACGGAUCCGGGAAUACUGCAGUCCCAUCUAAUCCGCUUACCAACUUGUCCACCGAUUCAAUAACCAGUCUAGUAUCUACUGCAUACCAACCUUCGCACAAGUCUGAUUCCGAUCUCUCCACAGAACCUUCGAAGACUCACUCAACUCCGAAGGAAGGAUCCGUGGACUUUGAUUUCGCACGAGGAAGCACCAGUCAACUGCAGACUUGGAGUUCUUUUACCUUCCCUUUUUCCGAUAAGGCGAAGGACAAAGCUAAAGAACUAGAUUCUGUACAAUCCAUCUCGGAUACUCAAGGCCUUAGAAAAGAGAGCUACGAGGGUUUAGGUCUCGGGCACCCAUCAUCUCCGUCAUCUCCGAAGGCCCGUGUCGCCCCAGCAUCUCCGUCGUCUUCAAAGGGCCGUGUCGCCUCCUUCACCAAGUCUUUUGCAAAAAAAUAG